GAGGCAACAAGGUGCCAUUUCCUCUAUCAAAACGUUAGGGCCACGUUUGAUUGGCCCGAAUUAAGGUCCCGCAUCUGCAACUGCUAAGGUAGACUCAAGUAAAAUACUGGGAACCUACUCCAAACUCAAGCCGAGUCGCGCGACGCGUUACCCAUCAUUUCAACUUUCCUAGCACGCGAAGAGGCUUGACUAUCCGUCACUUAUUCUCGUGAUCGAUAAUGCAUGCUAUUAGUUGCGCUUUGUCAGAUCUCGCAACGUAACUCGGCUUCUGUUGCGCAUAUCACUCGCGCGCUCCUGAUUCCGGCUUUAUUCGUUUGCGCGAUUCGUUGGCGCAAUUCGAGCCCCGGCCACCACUUUGACGCGCCCUCGCCCAACACCACGGGUUGAACUCAAGACCAGGCGCGACUCCUCUAAUCUACCUUAGCACCGCAUUCUCCCGUCACGACUACACGCCUUCCACUCUCUUUUCCUAGACACCUGGCCGUGUUGCCCCACGACCUCAUCAUGGGCAAACUUAUUCGUCUGGAGUUAUUCAACUUCAAAUCGUAUAAAGGGCAUCAUGUUCUUCUCUUCGGAGACUCAUACUUCACCUCUAUCAUUGGACCCAAUGGAUCCGGCAAGUCUAACUCCAUGGACGCCAUAUCUUUCGUCCUGGGCAUCAAAUCCUCACAUCUACGCUCCGCCCACCUCAAAGACCUCGUUUACCGCGGACGAGUCCUAAAAACGGCCAAGAUCAACGAUGAUGGUUCUGCGCAGGCCAAUGGCGACGCAAACGGUGACGCUGAUGGUAACGAUAAAGCCUCCCGUGGCGACCCCAAAACGGCGUGGGUCAUGGCUGUGUACGAAGACGAUGCUGGCGAGGAGCAGAAAUGGAAGCGCUCCAUCACGAACCAAGGAGCCAGCGAGUACCGAAUCAACGAUCGCGUUGUCACAGCCCAGCAAUAUAACGAGUCUCUUGAGAGCGAGAACAUUCUUAUCAAGGCACGAAACUUUCUUGUAUUCCAAGGAGAUGUUGAGGCCAUUGCUUCGCAAUCCCCUCAGGAUCUCACGCGCCUGAUCGAACAAAUCUCUGGAAGUCUUGAGUACAAGGCAGAAUAUGAGAGGACACAGGCCGAGGCUGAACAGGCUGCCGAGAACCAGAACUUCCAGCUUCAUAGACGACGCGGCAUCAACUCGGAAAUCAAGCAAUACAGGGAACAGAAAAAGGAAGCAGACAACUUCCAGAACAAGACUGAUGAGCGCGAUGCGGCAAUAGUUACACAUAGUUUGUGGAAGCUAUAUCAUUUCCAGAAAGCCAUGGAGGAUUCGUUUGCCGCUAUCCAGGAUCACCAAGAAAACCUCAAAGAACUGCGCCGCAACGUGGAAUCUUUUGAGAAGAGGCUUGAAGCGGCCAGGAAGGAACAGGCUGCCGCUCACAGGCAAGUCGCCCGUUUAGACAAGGAGAUCAAGGCCAAAGAAAGAGACAUCGAGGAUAAAGAGAACAGUCUUGUUCCCAUCGAGGAAAAGAUAAACGAAUCUACGCAGGCAGUUGAAACACUCCAGGCUGCGAUCGCCAAGGCCACCAAGGAACGUGACGAGCAAGCCGAGGUUGUUCGCCAGGUCCAGAAGGAUAUUGAAAGUGUAGAGAAGGCCCGACAAGUUUUCGAGAACGAUUACAAAGAACAAAUGAAGAAACAAGGCCGCGAGAUCAGCGAUGAGGAUCGUCGAGAGUACAACAGACUGCGCGCUCAGCUCAUGUCCAGGACCGGUUCCAAUCAGGCCAAGCUUGAGAACCUUGACCGGCAGCGCAAAGCAGAUGAAGUCACCGUCAAUAAUCUGAAAGGCAAAGUCGAUAGCAUUGCGGCAAGCAUCGAAAAGAUUGAGGCAGAACUAUCGAGCAUCGAGGAACGCAGAUCUGCGGCGCAGGCGACCUCUAAAGACCUCUCGCAAGAGAUUGAAGCGAAAAAGAAGGAGUUCAAUAAACUCCAAUCAGAACGCGUCAGGACCAAUCAGAAGCGAACUGAGCUUGAGGAGAAGCUCGAGGAUGUCGCUAGAAAGCUCAGAGAAGCCGAUGAUGGUCGGCGCCAGAACGACAGGGAAGCUAGGUUGAAAGAGAUGGUGACCUCCUUGAAGCGCAUGUUUCCAGGUGUCCGUGGUCGAAUUGGUGACCUAUGCAAACCCAAACAGAAAAAGUUUGAUGAAGCUGUCGUUGUGGCACUUGGAAGAGACUUCGAUGCCGUCGUUGUCGACUCCGAGAAAAUCGGUGUCGAAUGUGUCCAAUACCUCAAGGAACAAAGAUUUCAGCCCAUGACUUUCAUCCCUCUGGACAACAUCAAGGUCAACGCAGUCAACACAGCCGUCAAGGGGUUUUCUGGCGCUCGGCUGACGAUUGAUACCAUCGAUUUUGAUUCUACUGUUGAGCGUGCCAUGUCAUAUGCAUGUGGAAGCUCUGUUGUGUGUGACACUCUUGAUAUUGCCAAGCAUAUUUGCUACGAAAAAAAGAUCCCCGUCAAAGCUGUGACACUGGAAGGCUACAUCAUCCAUAAAGCAGGCCUGAUGACAGGUGGUCGUGGACCCGAGUCGAAGAGUAAGAGACGUUUCGAGGAGGCAGAUGUUCAGAACCUCCAGCGAAUGGCCACCAAGCUUAAGGAUGAGAUUGACCGACUACCCAAGGCUGACCGCCGGGGCUCACAAGAAGAAACUCUUCAGAUUGACCUGUCCGGGCUCGAAAGGCGGUUGGCAGUCGUCAAAGACGAACUGGCAGCCUUCAACAAGAACCAUGCUAGCAAGAAACGCGAGCUGGACAACCAAAGGAGGCAGCUUCGAGAGCUCGAGCCCAAAUACCAAGAACAGGCAUCCCAGCUUGAAAGCACCACUGCCACGUGUGAAGAGUUUCGGAAUGCCAUCGCACGAGUUGAAGAUGAAGUGUUUGCAGAUUUCUGCAGACGACUCGGUUAUAGCGAUAUUCGCAGCUACCGUGACUCGCAAGGCAAGCUGGAGCAGGAGGUCUCUGAAAAGCGCAAUGAAUUCGAAGUCCAAAAGCAAAAACUAUCGAGUCGACUCCAGUGGGAGCAGCAACGUUACGAGACUGCCACUGCGCGAAUCGAGCGCAACCAAGCCCAUGUCCGAAAGCUCAGAAACGAUAUCAAAUCCUAUGCAAGAGACAAGGAUGCGAUUGAGAAUGCGAUGCGCGAGGAGCAGGAAGAGUUAGAAGCUCUUCGCGAGGCACUAGACGAGAAUAAGUCAGAGCUCACCGAAAAGAACCAGAAGGUGUCAGAGGCCAAGCUUGAAGUGCAAAAGCGGUCAAAGGACAUCGAAGCUCAUCUGAAAGAUAUCAACUCACUUGAAACCGUAGUCCAGAAGAAUAGCGCCAGCAAAGCGGCAUUACUUCGACGAUGCCGACUAGAGCAGAUCCGCAUUCCGCUUGCAGAGGGCACAUUGGAGAAUCUACCCAACGACGACCGUCUGCUGAACCAGGACCCAGAUGCCAUGGAUAUAGAUGAUGAGGACGAUGAUGAGGAGAUGAUGGGUAUGGCACUUGAUGAUCACGGAAUUACCAUUGACUUUAGUGGACUUGAUGAAGAACUCAAAGCUGUAAGGACUAUUUUUUGAAGUCAGUGAUAACGCUAACACUAUGCAGUCGGAUGACCCGAGCGUUGAAGAAAGUCUAUCAGAGAAGAUUACGAAUCUGACUUCGGAGCUCGAGAAGCUGAACCCCAACAUGCGAGCAAUGGAAAGGUUAGAAAGCGUCGAGUCCCGACUGAGAGUCACAGAUCAGGAGUAUGAAGACUCAAAAACAGCGGCACACGAGGCCAAAGAGGUCUUCAACCAGGUCAAACAAAAAAGAUAUGACCUCUUUAACAAAGCCUUCAGCCAUAUUCAGGAGCAAAUAUCACACGUAUACAAGGACCUCACCCGGUCAGAAGCAUACCCCCUUGGUGGUCAAGCCUAUCUGGACAUCGAGGAAGAUACGGACAUGCCCUAUCUGUCUGGUAUCAAAUAUCAUGCCAUGCCGCCUCUGAAGCGUUUCAGAGAUAUGGAGCACUUAUCUGGAGGCGAAAAGACAAUGGCAGCACUGGCACUCCUGUUUGCUAUUCACAGCUACCAACCCAGCCCCUUCUUUGUUCUUGACGAAGUGGACGCCGCUUUGGACAAUGCCAACGUGGACAAGAUCAAGAAGUACAUCAAGGACCACCGUGGUCCCGGCAUGCAAUUCAUUGUGAUCAGUCUCAAGGCAGGUCUAUUCCAAGACAGUGACAGUCUGGUGGGUGUUUACCGAGACCAGGAGGUCAAUAGUUCAAGAACCCUUACUCUAGAUUUGCGGCAAUAUGUGUAGGUGAGGCUAGAGCAGUUAGAAUCUUUGUGAUCAUUCCUCUCGGACCUGAAGGGGAAAGUUGGGUGUCUGGCGCACGUCAUCGUGGAAGAGGCAUGGAAUUUCGUAUGGGUUAAUGAAUUCAUUACAUCAUUCAGCACCGCAACACUGAGUUGAGCAUAUGAAUAAUGCAGGCGUAAUGAUGUUAAGUGAUGAAUAUAUUCACUCAAGUUGUAUAAUCUUCAACUUAUCUCCGACUCUUGUGGCUGCCUUUGGAUAGGCUUCUGUCGAACAAACAUAAGAAGCAGUCAAAGGUUCUACUUUAUGCUAAUGCCCGAUUGGCUUGGCGUCAGUGCAUUGCUUUGUAGUAUCAGAUGAAUGUGGCUAUUGAGGUAUCUCAACGGAGUGCUCAUGGCAGAAUGAUGGCUCUAAUUAGCAACUAACUGACACUGCCUAUUUCAACCUGCAUCGGGACCAUCUAGCUCUAAAUCUUAAUUACUAAUAUUGCC